AUGCCAUCAUCUGAAAGUGGAGGCGGAACCAGCCGCCACAGCGUGUGGCGAACGUGCGGGCAAGUCUACGGCAAGCUGGCGCUGGACUCUGGCCUCCCGGGUGCAGAAGCCUUCGUUGAGGGUGGAGGCGUGCGCCGCCUGCUCUGGGCCGGUGCACUUCUGACGCUGUUGUACUACAGCACCUCCGAGACUCUCGCCAUCCUGAGCGAGUAUUUCACGUACAGCGUGGCCGUCGCGUUCGAGUACAACACCAACGAGUCCUUUGAACUACCAGACGUCACCGUGUGCAACGUCAACCCGCUGCGUAGAUCUAAAUUAUGCGCCCUCGACUCCUCGGAACGGGGGAUGAGCUCCGAGCUGGAGACACGCAUCUGCGGCAAAGGACAGGCGCUUCAAGAAGCCAAUCCAGACGACCUAAGACUGCAGCAGCAAAUAUCGGACUGGAUUGCGCACCACAAGGCGAAGAACCGUGAAUGGCUAAGAACCCUCGGUCAUCAGUUUGCCGACACCUUCGUCGACUGCACUUACCACGAACAGGGCUGCAGAGACGCGACGCUCUUCCGCAACAUCACCAACGUGCUGUACGGCAACUGCUUCUGCUUCCUCUGUGACCACGAUCAGCGUGUGGACUACAGCGCCCUGUCGUCACCAUACGAUGGGCUUGUGGUCACGCUGAAUCCGCAGCUGAACGAGUAUCUUCCCACUUCCUACCAGGCAGGCUUCAUCGCCAUGGUCCAUGCACACGGUACCAGGUUCUCGGUGUGCCAAGAUGGCGUCUACCUCUCUCCAGGCUACACUACGUACGUCGGCCUAAAUUUGUUGGCGCAGACGGGGCUGCCGGAGCCAUACGCCAAUCCCUGUCGCUCCACGUGGCCUCCCCGACUGCUGGUUCACAUGGACCGCAUGUACGGUGUCUACACACGAGAGGACUGCCUGACCUUUUGUCUCCAGGUGAAAAUCGUGGAGACGUGCGAAUGUCUCUCAGCACAGUUGCCGCAGCUUUUGACGCUGGCACAACGGUAUGGGACCUGCGUAGACAAGAAGCUGGAGUGUGCGGAACAUGUCGCCGCAAUCCAGACCAGCAUUACGCUCGAGCUGGAGUGCAAUUGCAUUCACGCCUGCAGGGACAUCAGUUAUACGCGUGAUGUGACCAUGACGGAGCUGAGAGAGGACGUUGCGGGACCGGUCAAUGAAAACGGGCCACCGGCUCGCCUUGUCCUGUACUUCAACUCACUCACCUACGAGCAUGUAAGGUCGGUGCCGAAGUACGAUGAAACCCACGUGAUGGGAAACCUGGGCGGCAUCAUCGGCAUGUACCUUGGUCUGUCCUUCUUUGUUAUCUUUCAAGUCCUGGACAUCCUAGUGGUUGGGACGCUGCGGCUGAAGAAGAUGCUACGCUGAAAUGCAUUCGAGUGCCGCCUGAUGGCGCUCCUACCUGCACGGACCCAAUCCAGG